AUGGGAGAGCCAGUGAGGUAUGGCCUAUCUAUUCAGGACCUCACUGGAAAUAGUUGAAUUGGCGUUCAUUCUCAUGUAUUCAUGUAAUGAUUUACAUACUUAGCCGUUUGUUCUUGUUGUCAUUCGAUUAUGUCUCUUCGAUGCUAAUGCUCUGUUUAUCAAACGACGUCAUGAUAUUGAGCCCCUUUGUCAUAACUUUUUAAACAGAGAUUUCUUUUUACAACUUCGCUUGCUUCUGUUCUAAGACGAAGAUAUAACAUACAGGGAGGAUCUAGGGGACACACUUCGGGUGCUCGUUGCAACGGACUGCCACCUUGGUUACAUGGAGAAAGAUGAAGUACGCCGAUUUGAUUCAUUUCAGGCAUUCGAGGAGAUCUGCUCUAUUGCUGAACAGAGGGAGGUAAAUGGUCUCCAAUAUUUUAGCCUAGAUCACAUCUUUUUCCUUGCCUGAAAAGUCAUAGGAGUGCCUUAUCUUGUUUUUCAGGGCAAAUGGCACUAUGUUUAGGUUGUCAAAUUUAGCGUUCCCCUCUAUCGCACAGCUUAGUAUUUUCAACUCCGAAUAUUUUUAAUGUAAACCGGUGGACCAAACACCUUUACCUUCAACUUUUAUGCUCUAAGCUCAUAUUUUUCGUUAUUUAUUUAUUUUCGAUUUGUUCUGUGCCAUCGUUUUCGUGUCAGAUUAUAAAGCCACUUAUGGAUCAUUUUCUGGUCUUCAGGUGGACUUGAUACUUCUUGGCGGUGAUCUCUUUCAUGAGAAUAAGCCUUCACGUUCCACUCUAGUAAAAGCUAUCGAGAUUCUCCGACGCUAUUGCCUCAAUGAUCGACCUGUGCAGUUCCAAGUUGUCAGCGAUCAGACUGUGAACUUCUUGAAUAUGUAAUGUAUUGUCAUGCACCUAACUGUUUGUUCGCUAGAUCUGUUCAACAAGAAGUUUAGAGAAUUGUUAUUGCUAGCCAUUUCAGCCGCAAAUGACAUUGUUAAGCUCUAUGUCUACUUCAUGCAGAAGAGCUUUGAAGUUUGAAGCUUUGAAUUAGAUUUUUUUUACGAUUUCGGCUCCUAGUUCUCCUUGUCUGUGAGGGGCAUCACAGACAAGGAGAACCUGUUUGUUCGCAUGUUUUAUGGUUGGCUUCGAUUCAGGCGAUAAUAUAUCUUGGUUGUUAUUCUCACGGGUUAGGGAAUUGGUGAAUGACAUCAUUGAUCCUCAUUAGCUGAAACCUGCUGGAAAAUAACAACGGAUCCAUUUUUUGGUUCAUUGCACAGUAUCUGUUGCACCACGUGAAACAUCAUUUCCUUGAUAUUAUUAAAAUAGAUGAUAAACCAGCUUUGGAGAAUAUGAUUGAUUCCACUAUCAAUCAUAUUCCUUGCUUAGUGAUUUAUAGAUUCUACUAUUCCUUGCUUCCUGUGAUCAAUUAGCAUGAAUUUUAUGAUCUAUUUUGUUUCCUAUUCUGACGAGUCCUUUGGUCUCUUGUUUCUAUCUGUUGCAGAUUCGGUCAUGUGAACUAUGAAGAUCCUCACUUCAACGUUGGUUUGCCAGUGUUCAGUAUUCAUGGCAAUCAUGAUGAUCCUGCAGGGGUGGUAUGAUAUUAAUUGAAUCCCCUUUUGUUUAAGAAGUAUCGAAUAUAUCACUUUUUGAUUUAAAGAUCGAAUAGGACCAGAGAAUGUUUAGGUGAGUUAUUGUUCGCUCAAGUACUACACAGUCUGAACGAAUAUAGAUAUGGACGAAGAUUUCUUAUAGCCAACCAUUAGAAAUAUUAGUCAGUACUUAACGGAGUUUAGUUAUGAAAAUUCUUCUCUCAUCUCAAAGAAUAACCCCAUCUAAUUGAUGCAGCAUAGUGAAUUUAUAGAUUUGUGCACAUUGGGAAAGUCUACUUCUAAUAUUGUUCCUGGUUUAUUUAGUUCUAUUUUAAUCUUUUGAGACGAAAGUGAAGACUAGUAUCCCCCUUCGAAUAUUUUGUACUAUAUAUCUAUUUCAUUAACUCUGUCAACACUUUCCUGGUUACAGGAUAACCUUUCUGCAAUGGAUAUCCUUUCUGCAUGCAAUCUUGUGAACUAUUUUGGUAAAACAGUCCUUGGAGGGUCUGGUGUUGGUCAAAUCUCUCUCCAUCCAAUACUAAUUAGAAAGGUCGGUCCAUUUGUUGUGUUUGUUAAGUAAUAGAUGUCUUCGCUACUUAUCUUUUCUAACGUCCAAUCUUCCAAUCCAGGAGACUACUUUAGUGGCUUUGUACGGCCUCGGUAACAUCAGAGAUGAGCGUCUGAACAGAAUGUUUCAGGUAUAUUAUUUGUCUAACUCUUGGAACGCAUCUUAGGGGGCAUUCUGAUCCAUUAAGGUGGAGCUUCAAUGGUUAUUUUUUCAGACACCCCAUGCGGUGCAGUGGAUACGUCCAGAAGCCCAGGAAGGAUGUAGGGUGUCAGACUGGUUCAAUAUGUUGGUGCUCCAUCAAAACAGGUUACUUUUUACCUUACAAACUUGUAUAAAUUAUUGAUAAGUAUGGCUCAAGUCUGUUGCCCUUUGUCAGUCACAUUGCUAUUAUGUGAUAGAUAUGAAAACUGUUUCAUCUAGGUGACACUUUAUGGAUAAAUAUGCUUUGCAGAAUAAAGACAAAUCCCAAGAACGCAAUAAAUGAACACUUUUUACCUCGAUUCCUGGACUUUAUUGUGUGGGGACAUGAACACGAAUGCCUUGUUGAGCCAAAGGUAUCAUUUGAUGCCUUUUUUUGCUGUGAGAAUUAAUUUCUUUGCUGUAUUUUGCUCAGAUAAUUUAUGUUUUUUUUCAGGAAGUUCCAGGCAUGGGAUUUCAUAUAAGUCAACCCGGCUCCUCUGUUGCAACUUCAUUAAUUGACGGGGAAGCAAAGCCUAAGCACAUACUUCUCUUAGAGAUCAAGGUUGUUUAUAGCAAUCUCUUUCCCAAGUUGAACACUGUUUUUACAUGCAUGACCAUUUUAUGUUAAACUGUUUGUUGGCUUUCUAUGCGCAGGGCACCCAGUAUAGGUCUUCCAAAAUACCACUGAAGUCAGUGAGGCCUUUCGAAUAUGCUGAGGUAAGAAGGUACCGUCCUUAAGCUAAGCAUCUGUGUUAUUCCUAAUUCUAUGAAGUUCUUGCCCUGUAGGUCGUGCUUAAGGACAUUCCGGAAAUUGAUCCCAAUGAUCAGGCAUCAGUUCUUGAAUAUUUAGAUACAUUUGUAAGCCAUGCUUUUGGUCUUGUAGAAGAAUCGCAAACAUGACGAUGUAGCUUGUUUUUCACAUGACGUGUUGAACAUAUAUUGAUAAUGUUUGAUUGUUUCAGGUUGGUAAUAUGAUUGAAGAAAGCAGCAGAAAAGCAGACAAUAGGUCUGAGCUCAAGCUUCCACUAGUUCGAGUCAAGGUAAAUUUUGGAAUCCCUGCCUCAUCUAACCGUUGACAUUGACACAUGUUUCAGCAUGCUUAAUUCCCAAAAUGUUGGCAUGAAUUCACUGGUAUAAAUUGAUUUUGUAGUUUAGUGUAGAGCGAGUUCCAUAUAAUCUUUUUGAUAUGAGAAAUGAAUAAAUUGUUAAGGACCCGUGUUUUAGCAUGGAACAAGUGGUUUUGAUGAAGUUUUAAAGUGAAUUGCUAACAUGUUUACUAUAAAUAUCUCUUCAGAAAUGAUUAAUCUAGCACGGAUACAAAUUUAUCUAAAUUAUACACAUGAUAUUUUCUGAGAAUGAAGCAUCUUUUUUUUUUUUUUUUUCACAUGACAAAAGAUAUGUGGUUCAUUUUGUUUGUCAGGUCGACUACUCUGGGUUCAUGACAAUAAACCCUCAAAGAUUUGGACAGAAGUAUGUGGGAAAGGUGUUCCCUUUUCCGAUCACCCAUGUUUAGAAGGGUUAUCUGUCGUCUCUAUAAUAUCUAAAGUGUUUCGUUUAUGUGAAUUAUCUAGGUUGCUAAUCCACAAGACAUUCUAAUUUUCUCAAAGGCUGCAAAGAAACGUCAACCUGGAGGUAACCUAGACCACAUUCUGAUAUUCAUGCAGUCGCAUUUUAUUCAUAACCCACUAAUAUUUUAGUUGCUUAGUUGAUGAACAUGCGAUCUCUUACAUCUAUAGCUACGUUAAGAUAUCUUCCUGUUCGCUUUCAGAGAAAACUGAUGAUUCAGAGAAGCUUCGUCCAGAAGAACUAAACCAGCAAAAUAUAGAAGCUCUGCUAGCUGAAAGCAAUUUGGUAGAUCGAUCUCCUUGAAACAUUCUCAUCUUUGUUCUAGCUCCAAUUGGGCAUAUCGUUUCUCCCUCUGUCUCCAUGUACCCAUCUGCUGUACUCCAUUUUCCAUCAUUAGGAACCAUUUUCCACUCUCAGAAAAUGAGGGAAAAGAAAGUAGAAUGCUUCAUAUGUUGAGAAAUAAUCAAACAUGUAGAUACAUUUAUGUACCCAUAUGGAUGGAUGUCAUGUUCCUGCAUCGCCUUCAAUGUACAUGCGGUUUGCUGAAAAUUGUCGGGCCAAUCUUUUUGCAGAAAAUGGAGAUCCUCCCAGUGAACGAUUUGGACAUUGCAUUACAUGAUUUUGUCAAUAAGGACGACAAGAUGGCUUUCUAUUCAUGUUUGCAGCACACCCUUGAAGACACACGCGUAGGACGCCCACCCAUUUGAUUAUUAUUCUGGUUUGAAUCACUCUUAUAAAUGUUUUUUUUUUUUUUGUUGGGGUAGAAUAAAUUGAGCCUUGAACCAGAGGCGUCGAAGAUCGAAGAAGGCGAUCUGAUCCUCAAGGUGGAGCAGUGCAUGCAGGCAUGUGGAUCACGUCUCCCCACUGGCUGUGUGCAUCUCAGACAUACCCCCAUGGUGACCAUGCAAUCGAAUGUUUUCUUGUUUCAGGAACGUGUGAAGGAGCGAUCUCUGCUCGUGAAGGAAACGCCAUGGAGCAUCAUCUCUAAACCGCAAGCUCCACAGGUCUCUCUCUCUCGAUUCAGCCAUGUCUCCCUGCUUUCAUGUUGAGAUCUUCAUCUGGGUUUGACAUCUGUUCCAUCUCAUCUGCAGGAUAGCAGAGCUGGCAGGGGCGAGAUUGGAAGCUCGAGUGGCUUCAGCGACGAAGAGGGCACAAGGCAGCAGGCGGCGCCCUUCAGCUCGAGACCUGCUCCCCGGGGGAGGAAGGCUUCUUCGAGGGCAGCAGCAGCUGAUGCUACAGUUCCCAAGAGAGGUAGCAGGGGGAGAGGAUCUUCCGCCCUGAAGCAGAUGACUCUCGAUGCAUCCAUGGGAACUCGCCAUUCUGACAGGUCCACCAAGGGCGUUGACAUUUUCAGGCCCCUCUGUUUGUGGUCAACUCUUGAAUGUUUUUGUUUUUUUUUUUGGUCCUGUUCUCACAGAUCCGCAUCGGCCUCCGCAUCUGCAACACUUCAAAGCCUGGCCUCCGAGUCUGGUCACUCUCACUCUCUCUCGAGUGACGAAUCAGAGGACUACGGCGUGGGUGAAGAGCUAGACAGCUCGGUAUCCGCCAUUCUCUGAGCUCACUCCCAUUUAUUCCAUCUUUUUUCCUUGUAAAAAAAAUAAAUAAAAUCUAUUUCUCUGGUUCUAUGAAUGCAGGAGCCCGAGGAGAGCACCCGGAACAGGGGGCGCAAGAGGAGCACCCCAGCGGGGAGGAGGAGGGGGAAGGGGAGGGAGAAGGGGAAGGGAUUCCCCUCGCCAUCGAAGCGGGGGAGGAGGGCUGAAAGCUCUUCGAUUCAUAGCCUGCUCAUGAGCAAGGAUGAGGACGACGACGAGGACGACACUCCGGGCGGACAGAAGAAGACUGCCCAACUCCCGGUAUUCUCUUUCUUCUCCUCGCCUUGCUCCAAGAUUUCUGAAAAUAGAGUCUAUUUAUUUAUUAUUAUGAUUGAUAUUGUUUGUUCUUCGAUUAUCCGUUCAUUACUAUUUCCGGAAUAAAUUUCUGUCAUGGCUUCCACUCGUAUCCGCCGAGGAACUCAUUUCUGAAGGUUUCUCUCAGGCAACGCGCAACUACGGAGCUCUUCGGAGGAGAUGA